AAUGUCGUUUAUUUACUUGUAGUUGCGCCUUAACAUUAACACUAACAAACCAACAAACUUUGGUUGAAAGACCAAACGACGAUGAAAGUGUUGUUUGCAUCUCACAACAGGAAACUUGUUGAUAGGACAGAAAGGUGUCGUUGCCGACUUACAUUAAUAACAGCUCACAUUUAAACAUAAUUAUAAAAUGGAUGAUUAUUUCUUUUGGUAUAUAGUUUGGACCCAUUAAAAUGAGCAAUAGAAGCAAAUGCCACCCCCCCUCCCAAUAUACACAAACGUACGAUGCACGAGUGUAAGUUUAGCCCUAGCAAAGACCCGUACAACUUGUUGGAUGUUGAUCUCGUACUCAGAAUAUUCGAUUCUAUCUUUGUUUCCAUUUAUAUAUUUGUUUUACUUAUAAAUCGUUGACAGUACGUACUAUAGUAUAUAUAUAUAAAUAUUCUUCACCAUUAUAGAUGUUGAAGCUGGCAAGAAAAUCAUAUAAAAGUAGAAAACAUUAGUUAAUAAUGUCAAUUUGGAAGAAGUAGACAAACUAAUCAGUGGGCAUCAAAUGUUUUAAACAAUAUAAUAAAGGACGUUAGGUUAGUGUGAGCCAUGGAAAUUAGAAUAAUAUGCAACUUGUUUAUUCCAAUUGGGUUUUAAAUAAUUACAAAGCCCCAAACAAAAAUAUAAAUAGAAAAGUAGACCUACCAUGGAAUUUAAGUCAACAUGAUCUAUAUGUUCCACACCAACCCCACAUUUUCAUUUAACACUCUGUAUUAAGCUGUAAAGCUGUUAUAUGUUAUAUUAUUAUUAAAAAUAUAUAGGACACUUUCCAGGAAGGAAAGGCCCGUUUUAGUAACCUCACUUUCAAACUCAAACGUUCACUAGUAGUAGCCUAUUCUUACUUUUAAAUAGCCACUAUAAAUAUAAGCUGAGGUUUUAAGUCUAGUUAUAAUACUAGCUAUAGUAAGUACAAAAUGAAGCUUGUUGGAGUGCUGCUACUUGUGUCACUUUGUUUGAGCUCUUGUUUCCUUCAGUUCACAAUGGCUGAUCCAACCACCGUGGUUGCUCCAACUCCGAGCAGUUGUGAUUCAAAAUGUGAGGUGAGGUGUGGAAGUGCAGGAAUGAAAGAUCGAUGCAUGAGGUACUGUGGUAUAUGCUGCCAAGAGUGCAGUUGUGUUCCUUCUGGGACUUACGGUAACAAGUCAGAAUGCCCUUGCUACCGUGACAAGUUGAGCUCUAAAGGCACCCCCAAGUGUCCUUGAUUAUUCAAUCUUUACUAUCAUCAUUGAUCAAAUCACUCCCUUUUUUCACUAAUAAAUACGUACAUUAGCACUUUAUUUUUGUGUUCAAGUACCAUAUUCAAAGCUAUAAGCCAUAAGAACUAUAAAUAUAUAUAUAUAAUGUAUAGACUUAUGUGUGUAGUGGAGAUAUAUGGGGCUGUUUGUAAUAAGAAAGAUAAAACACCCGUUAUUUCUAUCCC